CCUCACUUGACGGCACAACUCUCGACAGUUCGGAGCUAAAAAAAAAAACUUAAAAAAAAUUUUAACAAAAACUUAAAACUCGAGCAAAAUGAAACAUUUUCAGCAGGACUUGCAACGGCCGAAGAAAAUGGCCACAUUUCGCAUUCUGAUACUGGGCGAUCCAGGUGUGGGAAAGACUUGCGUGAGCAACUUGCUGGCCAACAGCCCGAUGACGCCCACACGUUCCUCCCGGACCGUGUCCGACAGCGAGUGGACCGUGCAGGUGCGUCUGCACCAGUACACCCCCAUCUUAGAGUGCCCCCCCCUGCCAAUGGAGGGGCUAGAGGGGCCAGAGGAGCCCGAGGAGCGGCCAGCCGCCUCUGGUACGAUGCACUUCGUCGAGAUCUACGAUAUGAACCGCGCAGCGAAGGAGUGUCCCGGCGACAGAAAGCCCUUGUACAGGAAGAUGGACGGCAUCGUGUUGGUUUACAACUUGCAGGACAUGGAGUCGCAGGACAACCUGCACGACUGGAUGUACGGGCCCCUGCUGGAGAUAAGCCAGCAGCGCAAACGCAAGCGAUUGCUGAACCACUACCAUGUGCCCAUUCUGGUCGUGGGCACCAUGCUCGAUCGGCUGCCCGAGCGUCCGCCCAAUCGCCGCGGCGCCAUCGCCCACCAAUUGGGGGUCGAGGAGAUCCUGAUCGAUUGCCUGGACCCAAACGCACUGGGCAAAGGCACCCGCAAUCAGGGCAAAGUGUCGCACUUCCUGAACAGAGCCGUCGACUGGAUGCGUAGCCUCGAAUGAAUAUUUUACACAUCUCACAUCCUACAUCUGUGUUCAUUGGCCAUAAUAUAGAUGUUUAGUUGAUUA